UAGCGAGAGGCAGGGAUGGGAGGGAGGGAGGAAUCCGAGGUUAUCGGGACAGUUGGCCGUUGGCUGGUUGUGGGAGGGAGCAGGUAUAUAAGGGCGGCCCCUCGACUCGCCUUCAGACGUUCGCCGACCACGCUCGCCAAAGGAACCGACGCCGCAGCACGCAGAACGAGACGAAAAGGGAAAACAAGAGGAGACUUGACAUAGAGAGAGAGAGAGAUAAAGAGAGAGAGAGAGAGAGGGAGAGGGGAAGAGACACUGGACGAGAGAGUGAGAUACAGCCUUUCGAUUUGAAUAAUAAUAACUAUAAUAUACGAGAUAAGGAGACGCGGAGCGAGAGAAAGAGUCUCGAAGGAAUCUGCCCCUCGAAACACCCCUACAAACCCGAGGGAAGAGAAAGACAGUGCUUCGAGGCGACCUCCCUCCCCUCCUCCCCUCCCGGACGCCCUCCUCCCCACCUCCCGUCGUCAGCCUCUCCGGCGUAAGGCUCCUGCUGCCUCCGGACCCGUCGCCGCCGCCGCCAGGAAUGGUGGCCUUCCACUUUGUUCUCCUCCCGUUCGUCCUCCAUGCCGUGUUCUGCCUCCCUGUUCUCUCAGACAGCGGCGCAGUGAGUCGCCGCGCGCGCUCGCUGCCUGACAUGGCGGCGGCGCCCGUGCUGGGUCGCCUCGCGAAGGCGGACGGGCCUCUGCUCGGCCAGUGGGACCUGAUGCUGCUGGGGGAGGAGCAGCCCUUCGCCGACGCCGCCGAGGGGGGCUCCGCGCCCGACUUCGCCUCGGCCUUCCGCAAGAGCUUCUCCGAGCUGCAGGCCGACCUGCGCCCCGCCGCCUCGAAGCGCAACGAAGGCAAAAUACCGACCAUGGGCCUCGGAGUCCUGUCCGACAUGAGGAAAUUCUUCAACGAGCUGAGGACCAACCUGGACAGCGUGGAGGAGGUGGCCGCCCUCAGCAAGGAACAGGGACUGCUGAAGAGCGGGAGGAUCGACCCUGCCGACUUCCUCGCUCUUAUCGCUAGACAUGGCGCGCGCCUGGGCAGUGCCAAGGCGGGCGGUCAGCAUCGGAACGCGGGAUCACACAACCACAUCCAGCAACUCAUGUUCGGCUCCACGGGCGGGGAUAAGCCCUACGCCCAUUCCGGCCUCGGGAAAUAGACCUGCCUGACGACUGCUGUUGCUGCUUCUGCUGCAACGACGACUACUGCUACCAUUACUCCUCCUGCUAUAGUUAUUAGUAGUGGUACUAACAUUACAACUGCUAAUAUUAUUGAUAUAACUACUACUGAUACGACUACUACUACUACUACUACUACUACUACUACUGCUACUGUUACUACUACUACUGCUGCUGCUACUUCUACAACUACUACCACAUUAAGUGAAGCCGUUACUGCAGCUGAUACUACUAAUACUACUAAUACUGCUGCAUCCACCACGAACAGCAACAGAUUCCCUGAAGAAAAACAAAGGUUGUCCAUUCUCUCUCUCUCGUUUGAUAAAGAUGAAAUGAAAACAAAUAAGAAGAAGAAAAAAUAAAAGCCUCUUGUUGGAAAUAAAUACAAGAAAACGUACAACUUCAACAGGGAAUACGAUAAGAUGGUAUAUAAACAACAUCAUGUUCUUUGAUGGUGUAAUGAUGACAAUACAGUUCAGUUUGGUCUGGCUGAUGAUGAUGACAAUAAUGAUGAUUACAAGAAUGAAACUGAAUUUUAUAUACUGA